CAAAACGAGCACUCCCCACAUUUUAACCAAUCAGAAAAUCAUGGCGGACAAGUCACAUGACAAGUUGUCGUGGCGUACAAGUUGCUGAAGUGCGGCUUGCUACUGCUCGCCAUUGUUAGGACGGUGGAGAAAAACCCGUUGAAACGGGUUUCGUAGCCCACCAAAUCUCACAAUUUUUGUCUCGAUUGAAACAUAAAGGUUAAACCUCGACCAUGACCAUCAUACUUUUUCUCAUCGACACCAGUGCGUCGAUGAAUCAGCGCACUUAUCUCGGCACGUCGUUCUUGGACGUGGCGAAAGGAGCCGUCGAGCUCUUCAUGAAGUUUCGCUCCCGAGAUCAGGCAAGCAGAUGGGAUAGAUACAUGCUUUUGACGUUUGAAGAUCCACCCGCGAACAUCAAGGCUGGUUGGAAGGAAAGUCAUGCAACCUUCAUGAACGAACUAAAAAACCUGACAGCCACUGGACUGACUCCGAUGGGGCCCUCAUUGAAACAUGCGUUUGACCUCCUCAAUAUCAAUAGGAUGCAGAGUGGCAUAGACACAUAUGGACAGGGGCGAUGUCCUUUCUAUCUUGAACCAGCUGUGAUAAUCUUCAUAACAGACGGACAGAGGUUAACUGGCAUGAAUGGUGUCCACACAGAGCUAAACCUCCCCAUGCAUACGCCGGUACCUGGCAGUGAACUCACAAAGGAACCGUUCCGCUGGGAUCAACGCCUGUUUGGAGUCGUUCUGAAACUCCCCGGCACCCAGCCUUACGAACAAUGUCAGACAUUUAUUCCAUCAGCAGAGGACUCUCCUCUUGAUAUGAUGUGUGAGGUGACUGGAGGUCGUUCUUACGCUGUCUCCUCCCAGCGACAGCUGCUCCAGUGCCUGGAGUCCUUGCUGCAGAAAGCCAAGCCCGGUGUCGUGAUCAACUUUGAAAAAUACGGGCCGGAUCCUGUGGAUAACCUGGAAUUGAAUGGUAACUCUAAAGAAAAUCAAGAUACCAACAGCCAGGAUGUUCAAAACGGUCUCCUGACGACAAUACCCAACGAGGAUAAGGCUCGUCCGGUCACGCCAAUACCUAAUCAAAACAACAGCAACAGCAACACCGCCUGGCAUUGUUGUCGCCGUCUGCUCUAUGUUCAGCGCUCUGCCCAAAAUAAAGGUUACGCCAUUGGUCAUUGGCCAAUCCCUGAAUCGUUUUGGCCGGACCCAAAUAGUCCAAACUUGCCAGCCCGCUCAGCUCAACCUGUUGUCAAGUUUUGCUGCACCCCCUGUGAACCGAUGGUGAUAGAGAACAUGCCGUUCGACAAGUAUGAACUGGAACCAUCACCGUUGACGCAGUAUAUCUUAGAAAGGCGGCAAUCUAGCAUUUGUUGGCAGGUUUUCCUCCCCAACAGUGCCAAAUACAGUGAGCUGGGCUCACCGUUCGGCUACCUCAAGGCCAGUACGAAUCUGCAGUCUGUCAACCUGUUCGUCAUGCCAUACAAUUACCCAGUCUUGCUGCCUCUUCUUGAUGAAUUAUUCAAGGUCCACAAAAUUAAGCCCCCACCAACAUGGCGGCAGCGAUUUGACAACUACCUAAAAACAAUGCCAGCGUAUUAUGCUCAGAUGCUGCGGCGAGCUCUGGCCAGGAUGGGUACCCCAAGCCUCGUCCCCGACAACCUAGACAACAACCUCAGCUACAGUGUCAUAUCUUACCUCAAGAAGUUAAAAAAUCAAGCCAAGGUGGAAUACGAACGACUUGUUUCAUCCGUGGGGCAGAAAACGAUUAACGCGGAGGGAAUCAAAGUCCAGUCCAGAACGAAAACUUCCAUUUUAAAACGCAAGGAUUUCCACACGUUAUUAGCAAACGUUGGUGGCGAUAUGUCACUCUUGAAACAAGAAGUCAACGAGUUUACGAGUUUUACGAUCGGUGUCCCAGAUAAGGAAGUCAAACCUCAGUAUUAUAGGAACCCCUUUGAUAUACCAAGGAAAAUGUUACUCGAUCAGCUUGCCAGAAUGAGGGCAAAUCUUUUACAGACGUCGACGUUGGGAGCGAAACUUAUCGACGAAGACCAACUGCACAGUGUUCCAGUCCAACAGAUGGGCAACUACCAAGAGUACCUCAAGAAACAAUCAUCGCCGCUGCGUGAGAUUGAACCUGCCGCGGUCAGGCAACACUUGUUUGGCAAUCCAUUCAAAGUCAAUAAGAAUCUGAUGAUUGAUGAAGCAGACGAAGCGAUGCCUGGCCAGUCAACGCGGAGCAGACGAUCACCCUCGCAGGACAGCUCCCCAGGAUCGCAUGGCCCCAAGAGGCGGAAGCCAGGCCCCCUGCCACGAGACACGCCAAUCAGGAGACCAUCACAAUCGUCUGCUGGAUCAAUAUCAGGGGACUCGGAUGUGGAAAGUUUGCCCGGCAGUCCAAAACCUGGAACAAAUGACGACGAUGUUUUGAUAAUUGAGCCGGAGAACGUAACUAACAACCACAACCACAACCAUGAGGAGGACGAGGACAAUAACGGCGCUCUUGAAGAGGUGGACGACCUCGUUAUCGAUGAGGAUUCUGGGAUAAAUAGUGACGUCGAUCAAAUUGAUGAGGACAAUGUUAAACAUGUUGAUGUGAAGAAAGUGAAUCCGAAAAAGUUGUGGUUGAUCCAUGAACAUAAUAUGAAUGUGAAGCGCAGGGUCUGCAAGCAGAUUAGGAAACCAGGCAGAUGCUAUGAUGCGCUCUUCAAGGAAAUGUCGGCGAUGCGUGGAAACGUCGAGGUCAAGGUGUCGUUUAUACGCGAAAUGGCCUUCGAGGCCGCGCGGUUCAAAAAGAAACUGUUAGUGGAGAUGAUUGAACAGUACGAGAGAUCGUUUGUACGAUUAGAUACAAAGAAAAAACUUAAGGAUAGGACGAUGAACUCUUCGGCGCAAUCUCUGUUGCCUGUGAAUACGACGCAGGUGGUUCCAGCAAGAUAGGUGGAAUCAAACUGAUGACACGGAAGUGUUGACAUUGAUUGAGAAGUUUGACGUCUGCUUGAUUUUGAAAGUGACAAUCGCCAUUCCUUUCACUGCCGUACUGUUGGCUCUCUGUUGCUACAAAUACAACACAAUCCCUAUUGAUGUUUACUAUGUGGGGGGGGGGGGUCACAUAGUUACUCUUUAUUGGUCCCUUUCAAAGUUCAUGUGCUGCACUCGACUGUACAUGUACAUGUGCAUUUUACAGCGCAGACGUAUUGGAUGGCAAGCAUGUGGUUUGCGACGACAGAAUGAUGUUGUUGUGUCAAUGAAA